AUGGGCGAAUACUACACGAAUUGUACACCGGGCCUCGUGGUGCCUAUCUGGGGCUCACAAGAAAACAUCAGUCUGUCUGACAUUAUUCUGCGCGGUACAACGUACUUCUUUCUCCUGCUGUAUCUAUUCAUCGGUGUAUCGAUAAUAAGCGAUCGUUUCAUGGCAGCAAUUGAGGUGAUCACCUCCAAGGAGAAGGAGCUUUUGGUCCAUCGACCGGGACGAGAGCCCCAGAUCAUAAUCGUUCGAGUGUGGAAUGAGACUGUGGCCAAUUUGACACUGAUGGCACUCGGCAGCAGUGCACCUGAGAUACUUCUGUCGAUAAUUGAAAUAUGGGCGAAGGAUUUUCAAGCUGGCGAUUUGGGGCCUGGCACGAUUGUUGGUUCAGCGGCCUAUAAUCUGUUCGUUAUAAUAGCCCUGUGUGUCUUUGUCAUACCGAAUGGAGAGACUAGAAAGAUAAAGCACUUGAGGGUGUUCUUUGUAACAGCUACGUGGAGUAUUUUUGCUUAUGUGUGGCUGUACAUAAUACUAUCGGUAUCGACUCCUGGUGUGCUUGAAGUCUGGGAGGGGAUACUUACAUUUGCAUUCUUCCCGGCUACUGUGUUGACAGCGUGGGUAGCUGACAGAAGAUUGUUGAUCUACAAGUAUCUUCAUAAGGGCUAUCGGAUGAACAAGCGAGGGGUCAUCGUGCAGGCGGAGGCUGGUGAUUCCGAUGGUGGGGUUGAGCUGGAGAUCAAGGAGCACGACGGACCGCACUUGUUUGUCGAUCGGAUUGAUGAUGAGGGCCCCGAGGCCAGGGAGUUCGAGCAGACCAGGCGGGAUUACAUCAAGACACUGAGAGAACUCAGGAAGAAACAUCCGACUCUACCUCUGGAGCAGCUCGAGGUGAUGGCCCAUGAGGAGGUCCUUGGAAAAGGACCCAAGAGCAGGGCCUUCUAUCGUGUGUUGGCCACCAGGAAGAUGGUUGGCGCUGGCAAUCUCAGCAGGAAAAUCAGCGAACGCGCUCAAAGCGAUCUCAGCGAGGUCAAGGCUGAACUGCAGAGGGCUGAGGCUGAAGUCGUUGACAUUGAGCACAUCAAUGCAACCAGAGUUUUCUUUGAUCCUGGUCAUUACACCGUUAUGGAGAACGUUGGGACUUUUGAAGUUGGAGUUACUAGGGUGGGUGGAGAUCUCAGUAAGCCAUGCACUGUUGAUUACUGCACGGAGGACGGAUCGGCUGAGGCGGGAUCUGACUAUGUCAGUGCCAAGGGCACGCUUGUCUUCGAACCUGGGGAGACUAGGAAGACCAUUCAGCUGUCGGUUAUUGAUGAUGAGUUGUUCGAGGAGGAUGAACACUUCUAUGUCAGAUUGAGCAACGUAUCUCAGUCAGCAAUGCUGGUAUCCCCGAGUCUCGCAACCGUAAUGAUCCUGGAUGACGACCACAGUGGAAUUUUCGGCUUCCCCGAGCGUGACGUCGAGCUGGUGGAGAGUGUUGGCCAGUAUCCCCUGAGGGUAUUACGGUACAGUGGUGCAAGAGGACGUGUCGCACUGCCCUACCGAACUGUCGAGGGGACAGCCAAACCGAAUAAGCAGUAUAUGCCGAGUGAGGGCUCACUCACCUUCGAGGACAAUCAGACCGAAAAGACGAUAAUGCUCACAAUAAUCGAGGAGGACUCCUACGAGAAGGAUGCCCUCUUCUACGUGGAAUUAGGGGAGCCCCAGCUGCAAGGAGCCGAGGCAGGACUAGCUGCAUCAGCGGAACUGAAAGCCCCAGAGGAUCGUACGGACGAGGAAAAAAUGGCACUGCUGGGUAGGCCAAGGUUGGGUGACGUCUCCACCGCUCAAAUCAGGAUCAAAGAAUCAAAGGAGUUCAAGAACACUGUCGACAAGCUCGUGCAGCGCGCCAACGCCUCAAUUCUCCUCGGUACGAGUUCGUGGAAAGAACAGUUUACGGAGGCUGUGACGGUCAGCGGCGGAGACGAAGGGGAGGACGACGAGUCGGGCGAGGCUAGAGUUUCAUCUCCAUCAUUCGCUGAUUACCUCAUGCACUCGCUCACCAUAUUCUGGAAGGUGCUCUUCGCCUUUGUGCCGCCGACAGAUAUUGCUGGUGGAUAUCUGUGCUUCGUCGUCAGCAUACUGGGAAUUGGAGUUGUGACGGCAGUUAUCGGCGAUGUUGCCUCGUAUUUUGGAUGCACACUGGGUAUCAAGGAUUCAGUUACUGCUGUUGUGUUUGUGGCAUUGGGUACUAGUAUUCCUGACACGUUUGCCAGCAAAGUGGCGGCGUGCCAGGACAAGUACGCGGACGCUAGUGUCGGAAACGUGACUGGUAGCAACGCGGUAAACGUCUUCCUGGGAAUUGGUAUAGCGUGGAGUAUUGCAGCCAUGUAUCACAGCUAUCAUGGGCGAGCCUUCGAGGUGGAUCCUGGCAGCUUGGCCUUCUCAGUGACCCUCUUCUGCACGGAAGCCUGCGCAGUUAUCAUAGUACUAAUGUUGAGGCGUUCCAAGAGCAUUGGUGGUGAGCUUGGAGGACCAUUUGCACCGAAACUCGUCACAUCGAUAUUUCUCUUUUCACUGUGGGUCUUCUAUCUCGUCAUGUCGACACUCGAGGCCUACGACGUAAUUAAAGGCUUCUAA